AGUAGUCCAUGUUAUUAUUAAUGGUAUUAAGGUUACUAAUUAAACUUAAUUAGUUGUUUUCUCAAUCUCCCUUGCCUGCUCUGCCUAAUCUUGAACUGUAUUUGAGACUUGGCUGUUGCUUUGGGAGAUUUUAGGGAGUUACAGUAUCCACAACAAGAAAAAAUCGAUUUUUGUAGUUGCAGAUGAAAUCCAGAGUUCUAGGUUUAAUGAUUGGCCCAAAGUUUGAAACCAUAUCUGCUACCACUGCUCUGUGUGCUUGACGUGCUAUGUUGAAGUUGAUGGUUAGGGUAAUGCUUAUAUGUAGUACUAUAAAUUUGACUUCCUUCUACAAGUUGUUCUAGAUUCUAGGUAUAAUAUAAACGUGUAUGGAUUGAUACGGGAGUAGUUGAUCUGAACAUAUUGAGACAUAUAUAUAUGAUGGAUGAUAAGUAUACACUUUUAAUAUAGGAUCUUCUUGACGUUCUUGCUGGCACUGCUUUUAGUUGCAAGAUGUAUAAAAUAAUAUGGAACUCCCCUGUUGUUCUUCCCUUAUGUUAGCUCUAAUGUCGACAGAUGAGGAAUGUUACUGCAGUAACUAAGAAAGAUUCACAAUGGUGUAAAAAAUGGCUACUGUGAGCAUGGCAACAAUGAAACUUACAACGAUUUCUUCAUUUAAAACCACACCACAUAGUAGAUCGCUUGCCUUAACUCAGAAUAGAUGUUCUCUGGGCUCUCUAAGGAAAACUUCUAAAGCAUUUGGACUCAAGUCUUCCUCCUUCAGAGUAUCUGCAAUGGCAAACUACAAAAUCAAAUUGAUAGGGGAAGAUGGAAACGAGCAUGAGUUUGAGGCCCCUGACGAUGCCUACAUACUCGAGUCAGGUGAAGAAGCAGGUUUGGAUUUGCCAUACUCUUGCAGGGCUGGUUCUUGUUCGACCUGUGCAGGGAAACUCAUUUCUGGAUCAGUGGACCAGUCGGAUCAAUCCUUCCUCGAUGACGAUCAAAUCAAUAACGGGUACAUUCUGACAUGUGUCUCAAAGCCAACUUCAGACUGCGUGAUUGAAACACACAAGGAAUCUGAUCUCUACUAAGUAUUGUGACUCAAGUAGUGGACCCUCUUCAGAUGAAUAAGUAAUGGACUUAUGUGGCUUGCCAACUAAGUGGCAAGCCAAAUGGGAUGAUGUUAGCUAUGAUGUCAAUGUACACACCAGAUCUAUGCAUUGAAUUUUAUUUAUUUUUUGUUGAAACUGAAAUGCUCCGGUGAUUUUCUGGUUACAUAUAUAUUGGCUUGACUCGAAAACAUUCACAUUACAUUUGGUACUUGAAUUUGAUGUUGAUCUUCUUAGUA